CGUAGUACCCGAUUCAUUACUCAAACUACUGUAAAGAGGUCGGGAGAUUACUAUCUUGCAAAAUCACCUAAAGGGGAAAAUUAUAGGUUGCAUCUUGCAAAAUCGAGGCAUUUAGUUGGCAUCAGAACAACGCGAGGGAUAAGGGAAUCUAAUGAAGACAGUUAUCAAGCUUUAGUACUAGAUUUGAACGAUAGCGAAAGUGAUAGUAAAGAACAAAGCAUUUUGGGAAAUGGAACAAAAUUGCAUGAAGAGGAAGGCAAAAAAAACCAAAUAUGUUAUUUUGCUAUAUUUGAUGGUCACGGGGGACUCCAAUGUGCAGAUUACUUGACUGCUAGCCUCCAUAAACGGAUUGAAGAUGUUCAAGUUUCAGAUGCCGAUGAUGUUGUAUUACGAUGGAGAAACAUCGGAGGAUACUUUCGGAAAUUUCGCCCACCUGUGUUAGCACCGUUAUUAAGUCCUGAAACGAUACAACCGAACAUCAAGAAUCGUACAUUACGAACUAGUGACGGUUCUGGCGAACGUAAGGCCUCAAGAAAAUACACGUCCACCACGUUAUCAUCUUCGCCACCGUUAUCAUCUUUGCCACCGUUAUCAUCUUUGACACCGUCGUCAUCUGAUCUAUCAGAAACCUCAUUGCCGACCGAGCUCACGCUAGAACAGAGGCUCACCGUGGCAUUCUUAAAAAUCGACUUGGAACUCAUGGAAUCCAUUCCACAUUCGGUCGGAUCUACGGCAACGGUUGCCCUCAUCAGAACUUUGGACGGUCAUCCUUUUUGGUCCGGUCAAGAAUUGGAAAUUGCAAUUGCGCAUGUCGGUGACACUCGUGCAUUAUUAUGCGAUGUGCCUUCAGGAAAUGCCAUUUCAUUAACUUUUGAUCAUCAUCCAAGUGCCAUUACAGAACAUGACCGAUUGAGGAAAUCAGGGGGAUAUAUCAUCACUGAUUCGUUUGGUUCGGAAAUGUUUUUAGGAAGAUUAGCAAAUACUCGAGCAAUGGGGGAUUCGAGAAUGAAAAAAUAUGGGAUAUCAGCUGAACCAGAGAUUGUGAUCAACACGGUAAAAGGGGGUGACACGGCCUUUCUGGUUUUGGUGUCGGACGGAGUGACUUCGGUAUUAAGCAACCAAGAAAUAGUUGACUGC